AUGUCUGAUUUCACAUCAGCGCUGCUCAUAUCAUUCCCUCUAACCGCCCUCUUAUCGGGGUUAUUAGCGAUGGGCCUGUUGUCAUGGGUUCGUCCAAGCGGUCGGAUCACCUUUUAUCACGCUAAGGACAAUAAACUUCUGUUGACCAAAGCCGGGAAAUCGGGUGCUAAGGAACAAACAUCCCUCGUGGAUGUCUGCCGCAGCGCAACUCCCGACACCUGCCAUCUCAACCCACUUUUGUUCAACGGCCAUCUGCAGACCGGCUGGACCGUGUUUAAGCAUGAUAAUGUUCCGGUGUAUUAUAAGCGGAAGAUCUUUGAGUCCGAGACCCAGAUGCUCAUGGGACAAUAUGCAGUCGACUUUGUCGUAAAGCCGUAUGACAUGCCCCCCGAGGGUGAGCUGACAGACCAAGAGAGGAAGUAUACGCAACCCUCUGGUCUGCCCCCUCGUACAUCUUUCUAUUCCGAGGCAGAAAUUGCGGAUCUACCUUCCAAUGACACCAAACCCAUGCUUGUGCUUCUGCAUGGUUUGAGCGGUGGUUCUCAUGAGCUAUACUUGCGACAUGUCCUGGCCCCCCUCAUUGAGGAUGGCUCAUGGGAGGCUUGUGUGGUGAACGCAAGAGGAUGUGCGCAGACCAAGAUCAGCACAGGUGUGCUCUACAAUGCACGGGCAACCUGGGAUGUCCGUCAAACUGUGAAAUGGCUUCGAAAGACCUUCCCGAACCGCCCACUUUAUGCGAUCGGCUUCUCACUUGGGGCUAACAUUCUCGCCAAUUAUCUCGGAGAGGAAGGAGAGGAUUGCCAAAUCAAGGCAGCUGUGAUUUGCGCUAGUCCAUGGAACUUGGAUAUCAGUUCAGCCACACUGCUUCAGACCUGGAUUGGUCGGGAAGUGUACAGCAAGACCAUGGGAACUAGUAUGAAAGCGCUAUUUGAAAAACACGUCGAUCAAAUCUCUCACAACCCUCGUAUCGAUGUCGAAGCAGUGAGGAAAAUCACUUACUUGCAUGAAUUUGACCGGGCCCUGCAAUGUCCGGCAUGGGGCUACCCUACCGAGGGCGCAUACUACCGUGACGCUGCAUCCACUGAUAUAAUGCUAAACAUUCGCAUCCCAUUCAUGUGCCUACAGGCAGAGGAUGAUCCUAUUGCUACACGCGAGGCAUUGCCAUUCCAAGAAAUGACUCAAACACCAUAUGGCGUCAUGGUGACUACCUCUUGGGGUGGCCAUCUAGGAUGGUUUGAACUUGGUGGAGCUCGGUGGUUUGCUAAACCAGUGAACAACUUCUUGAACAUGAUGGCCAAUGAAAUUGACCAUCAGAUUCCUGGUAUCGUUGAGAACCCAGACAAGCUGCCUGGCAAGAUUGUCAACGUUCCCGGCUUGGACAAAGAUGCAGACCUGGCGCCAAAGCCUGAGUACAGCGUCCUACGCCGCAGGAUGGAUAUGAAGAUGGCGCUGUAAACAAAAUCGUGAAAGGCGCGGUACUACACACGACCAU